AUGUCGCAGCCAUUUGUGGUCGUGUUUGCUGCCGCAGGCCAAGAUGAAGUAACCCGCCAAAUCGUGCUUCAGUUCGCACCUCACCACCCCGUUGCCCUUCUCUGCGCACCUCACCACGACCUCCAGGCCGCCGUCAAGGCCGCCCACGAUGCCGGCAGCGAAGCCAUUCUCUUGGAGACGGACCUUUCCUCUCCCGAGUCCGUCAAGGCCUCUGUCGGCGCCGCGUCGGCCCACUUUGGCCGGCAGUGCGCCGCCGCCGUCUUCCAGGUGCGCGCCGAGGCGCAGGUGCCGUUUCUCGCGCAGACGGCCGCGCAGUUCCGCGCGGCCACGUCGGCGCAGAUUGCGAGCGCGUACGCCUUUUCGCAGGCCGUGAUGCCGCUGCUGACCUACGGCGGCGGCUCGGCCGAGUUCCCCGCGACGCUGCUGUACGUCGGCUGCGCUGCCACGUCGAGGAGCGACAGGAUCGUCGAGAACGCGCUCGUCGCGCUGAGCCGCAGCCUCGGAAGGGAGUACGGGAAGAAGUACAUCCAUGUCGCGCAUCUGAAAUUCAACAAGGGCGAGGCGGCGGAGAGCAAGAGGCUUGCAGGCACCGAUCGGGAUGCCCGGGUCGCGGAGACGCUUUGGCACCUGUACACGCAGCCCUUGUCGUGUUUUGCAAAUGAGCUCACCAUCUAG